CACAGAUCUCGUUCCUCAAGAUCGAGCACUGACGUGGACGAUCAUAUCAAGAGUUCAGAUUUGUCUACACGAGUCUUUGCAAGGAUAGAAGCAUGCGUAUUCGCGAGAAAAGGUACGUUUCCAUAUCCAGAGGGUAUCUAUAUAUCAACCGAGAUCCUACAUCACAAUGUCUCCUCCACAUAUUCCAUCCUCAACCUCUGAACCCAUCACUCAAUCUCCCAUCACCUCGCUCCCUCCUCAACCCCCACAACCACCUUCUCCUUCCCCUUUCCCUUCUUAUCCUUCCCGCCACCGCCAACCCACUUCCUCCACCCCUCCCCCUCAAGCGGCGGCAACUCCACCGCAUUCCCACCCUCCUCCGCCCUCCUCACCCUCUCAAUCUGCGCCUCCCUCUUCCCCCUCUUGACAUACGGAUUCCGCGCCUCGCUGCUGAAACAACAGCACUUCCGCCUGCCCCAGCCGAGGAGCCUCACCCGGGAGGAAGGGAUCGCGAAGGCGACGAGCAGGCCAAGGACGAGCGCGCCGACGAGCGCGAUGGGGAUGGCCCAGAGGUAUUGCUCUUUGUGGAGGGGCUUUGUUUGGAAGGGGGAGUCGGGGUCGGCGCGGGGGAGGAUAUGGCGGUGGGGGAGUGGCAUGUUGUGAUAAAAUUGUUGGAGUAUGUGUAUGUGUGCGUGUUGCGUUUUCACUCCGAGUAGAUGGUGGGUCGGAAGAUGUCGAAUUGAGUUUGUCAGGCCGUUCUACUCUCUGAUCUCUUUCCUUGCUCUUUCAAAAAACAAUGAAAGGUUGAAUGGCUCUUUCUCUUUCGCUUUGCACGCGCUCGCUCCUCGAAUGCUCAGCCGUUUUCAAUCCACCGGAUCAGGACAAACACAAAAUCCAAUUGCCUUCUUUUUCUUCUUCCUUUCACAGAUUGGCUCAAGGGACGCAGUGUCG